CUGGAUGACAUUGGCGCACAUUUGGAGGCUUGUAACGUUUGGGAGGGGCCUCUGUGUUGUGACAGUGGCGUCUCAGCUGGCUGUGGAAAAUAGCGGCUCUUCAGUCGUCGGUGAGAAGGGGGAGCUUUCUUCUCGCGGAGAAGCGACUCUGCUGCUGCUGCUGCUGACUGAGAUGCGCGCGGCUCCGACGCAGCGGAGGUCGCGAGGCUGCUGGUGAAUUCCAAUUGGCACGCGGAGCCACCAUGAACGAAGGGCUUUUUCCCCGCGGGCGACGACUUCCCGCAGCUUUUGCUAAUCGUAGCCUUUUAACCGCAAGGGGGUUUCGUCUUUAAGUCUGGCGCAGGGAUAUUUUUGCCCCGCUGGGUAUUUUUUAUUUUAUUUAUUUAUUUUUUUUGCAAGAAAAGGACCACGGAGACCUUCGAAGGCAUCGGUCAUGCUCUCUGAACUUGACUUUUGCCUUCUGAGCCGAGGUGCUCUGCCUCCUCUUGCGUCUGCCGUCAUCAAGACCUCACCCGUGUUUAUAUACUGCUGAAUUUGAAGAAAAUGCUACUACCUCCACACGUCCAGACCACAGAUGGCUGCAAGGUAAGGGUGUGGCUAGGAGAGUGAAUCGCGUCCCCAAAGUUACGUUGCAUGGAGGUCAAAGGACAUCUGAUAACAUCCAUGGGUUUGGGGACUCCUGAUGUUCAAGGCUGCCAGGACAGCAAACCUCAGGCUGAGAGGGUUGCAGCUCUGCAGGAGAGAAAGCAGGCCCUGGAGGCUCUCCUCAAUGCCAGAGUGGGGGAGCUUAAGCAAGUGUGUCUGCAAGAGGCGGAGCUGACUGGGAAGUUGCCACGUGCUUUCCCUCUGGAGGUCGGAGAGAAACCCCCGCUGGUGCAGCGCAGAGCUGGCCUGGCGCCGAGCACCAAGGCAGAGGAUGACUCCGGCCAAAGGAAGCAGAUGAAGGCAAUCUUCACCGGCGCUCUAUGCAGACACUCCGAAUCAGACAGAAAUGGCCUAAAUAGCAAGAGGACAGUCCAUAGGGGGUGUCAUACAGAGGACACUGUGAUGUCAGAAAGUACCAGCUCUAUGUCAGAUUCAACAUCACACGACAACGACUCUUCACCCAGCGUAGCAGCUGACCAACGCUCCCUGUCUCAGCCCCGGCUCACUGUGGGCAGCCCUGACCACAGAAUCAGCAGGAAGCUCUCGCCGGUAGAGAUUUACUAUGAAAUGAGGACACGUCGCAACUCGGUCACAAGUUCUGUGAGCCCAACUCACUCGUUACCCAGAAGUGCUUCUAAUGUUGAAGGUAGAAGUGUUCCAGCUACUCCUUUGUUGGCCCGAACUGCUCCAAUCAGCGUUCAUGUCAGGUCAGAUGCGUCAGGGAGUAACGGGUUAAAGCAGUGGUCCGGCAGCCUGGAUGUGCCGUACAUUAUUCCACUGGCUCAGGAGGGCUCUUCCUCUGAUCGCCGGAGCUGCCCUUACAGCUCCAGAGCAAGGCGCAGCAACAGUUCUGAGGCCCUCCUGGAUAGAUCCAGCCUACCAGACGAUCCCGCACCCAGAAAUGGUAUGCCUCCGAGAGGAGGGCCGUACAAGAGCUCAGAGACCCUGACUGAUGGCAAGCUUCGACAAAUUCAACUAGGUAGCCCAGAGAGUCAAGGCGAAAGCCCCGCGGAGCAGAGUAAAAUGCGUCUGUCGGUGGGGGGCAGGGGGGCCAGCGGAGGCUACAAUGAACUACUGAUGGACUAUAUCUGGGGUAAACAGCAGAGGAUGCAAAUGCAGCACCAGUUAUACCAAUCCACAGGCAGAAUUUGGCAAGACGUGCCCUCUCCUCGAUCCUCCACUGCUGCAGUGCCUCCACAUGCAAAUGGGUUUUCCCAUUCCCAGGUGAACCUUCCCAGUGCCGCCAGUCCUUACAGCCCCAUGGUCCUCAGAGGGUCCCAGGCGGAGCUCCGUAGGGUCAAAGUCACCAGGACCAAAUCGUGUGGGCCUUUUAUUCCUUUGCAGCAACAUUCCCCAGAUGGCAUUUUGCUAUCAGCGUAUGAGUCCCCUCUCCCUGCCACUGGCACCACUACAUCCUCCAUUCCCAACCUUCUCCCGUAUCAGACUGAGCUGUCUGGGCCCUCCUUUGGUCGUAGGCCCCCGCAGUUUUCUCUUCCCACUCCAGAAGAUUCAACAAGGAGCCUACACAAAGCUCUUGCCCUGGAGGGACUGAGGGACUGGUACUUAAGGAACGCCUUUGGCUACCCUCCCACUGCCUCAAAGGGCCAGGAAGCAGGCAUCUCUCGGCUCUCUCACCCCUACCCUCUGGUGCACCAGGCCCAGUCCCUUCAAGGGGAACCAGCCAACACCCAAAGGCCUCAAAUACCCCAGUCAGCAAGCUUCCAUGGUCACCCCCUGCACGGAAGGUCAAUGGAGUUUUCUCUCUUUCAGGAGGCUCCAGAUCCACAAAAGCAAGAGGCGACCCCAAAGGAACCGAAUGCAGACCCAGGCACCCUGGUGUGAAGCAGCCAGACCUGAUGCAACGUAUCAGCAGAAACUCUGUAGCCUCAUCUAGACUUGAUAAAGUUACAAGUGGAUACAAUGUGACCUCAAUAACAAAGCAAAACGUGGCGACCUCAGCAGAAUGAGACUGAAGUGUAGCUGUACAGUAAGAAGAAAAAAACAAAAAACUUUGAAGAAUUUCCUGUGUCCUCUCUGAUCCCAACAGUAUAAACCUCUAAUCCAGUGUUUCUGUAUGAAUGUGCACUGGUGCUGACUUGUCGAACCUCUAAUAACAGUAAACAAAAUACUCAUUUACAAACACGUCUGGUCCUAAUAACCCUGAAAAGUCUCCCAAGAUCUACUUUUUUACAGAAUAUAUACAUCUCUAAAUAACUAUUUUGUAUAUUCUGAUAUAAAACGCUAUAUUAAAGAGGGUAAUUUAUUGCUUCUAAAAUGUGCGAUAAACAGUAGUUAUGAUCUCAUUCCAUUAGACUAGAAUAUUUACAUGAAUUUGCUUUUCAACAAUAUAAAAGAGUAAAAACAUGCCUCACUGUUCAUCUACCAUUAAUUCCCCAGCAUACAUUUUUUUAACAUGUCAUAAAAAUGAAAUGGGGCCAUGAAACGUAGGGACAUGAUGUUUCAGGCACAAGUGCCAAGAUGUUCCCAAACAUUGCCUGGCAAAAGCGUUUUCACUUUCUGCCACAUUCUGAUCAGAGCAAGAUUUUAUCUGACUGACCCAGACCGAGCGGUGCAAAACUGUGAGGAGAGAAGAAAAUAAUGCUUUUAAAAACAGUUUACAAACUAUAAAAAGGGGAGGUGUACAUUUAUACUCAGCCCCUCCCCCUUCUCUGAUAUCCCAAAGUAAAAGUCGUAGCAAACUGGCUUCGUGAAGUGGAAAUAGGGCUCACCUGAAUGUUUUUCAUCACCUGUGAAGGUCUCCAUCAUGGCAGCAUCAUGCUGUGCAGUGACAAGCUGGCCAGGGUCAAUGGGAGGAGGGACGGAGCUGAACAUGGGGCAGUCCUGGAGAAAGAAGCCGGUAGUGGCUGCCAAACACUUGAGAGCGGGCCAAUGCGUCCAGUCACAGCAGGGCAGCGGCUCUGACCGUACCCCUAGAGCUACAGGGAGAUGGUCAAAGCUUUUUAAUGUGUUCGCCUGGCCCAGUCACAGUUCAGACCUGAGUCCUGUUGAGAAUCUGGCAAGACUUGCAACUGGCAUUGCAGCAAAAGGAUGACUCAGCAUGGCUGAAAACAAAUGCACGCCACCGUUUUACUGAUUUGCCUCCGUAAAAUAUAGAAAUUCAUGCAUCGUUUUCCUUCUACUCGAGUUGUGCACUACUUUGCGGUGGUCUAUCACAUAAAAAUCCCAGUAAAACACACACUUUUAAGGGGUGUCAAUCCUUUUACAUGGCACCGUAAAACGGA